GUUUCUGCGGUGGAGUGCGCCUUCUCCAGGGACCCCAGCCGUCCCGCCAUUAGCGUCGCCGUUGUGCUCGGAGGCUCUUGGUACAGUUUGGAGAUCAAGGGACAAUUCAGCCGAGACGUCUUUCAAGGCCUUCCUCUGCAAAUCAACCCGAUCAUCGAGGUGGUCAACAACACCAACCCCAGCAGCCUGCUGACUCAGAUCUGCGGGGUGCUGUCCAGCUCAAGCAUCCACGGUGUGAUCUUUGAGGAUAAUAUUGAGUCAGACGCCGUGGCACAAAUCCUGGACUUUAUCUCCGCACAAACUUUGAUUCCGAUCAUAGGAAUCAGUGGAGGCUCUGCCGCUGUCCUCGCUCCAAAGGAGCAACACUCUGCAUUCCUGCAGCUGGGGGCUUCAAUAGAACAACAGAUCAGCGUCAUUUUCAAAGUCUUGGAAGAAUAUGACUGGAAUUCCUUUGCCAUCAUCACCAGCCUCUUCCCCGGGUACCAGGAGUUUAUCGACUACAUCAAGUUGUUCACCGGCACCAGCUACUUUGGGUGGGAAAUCGAACAGACCCUUACCUUCGAGAUGACGCGAGACGAGAACAAUUCCAAAACCCAGAGGCUCCUGAAGCAGAUCGACGCUCAAGUCCUGCUUCUUUACUGCUCGCGGGAGGAAGCGGAGUACCUCUUCGAAGAGGCUGAGGAGGCUGGGCUGGUGGGGCCUGGCUAUAUCUGGAUUGUGCCCAGCGUCACGGUGGGCAACACGGAACAGGUGGCGAAGAGCUUCCCCGUGGGGUUAAUCGGGAUCAUGACCGACCGAUGGAACACAAAUUUGCGACAGAGGGUGCGGGACGGUGUGGCCAUAGUCGCGAAAGGCGUGGACAGCUUCUUCAGUGAACAUGGAUACAUCCCUGACCUGAGCUCCGACUGCAGGAGCCUGGGAGGCCUCUACAACAACGCCUUUUACAGGUACAUGCUGAACGUGAGCUGGGAAGGAAAAGAUUUCUCCUUCAAUGAGGACGGCUAUUUGGUGAGACCUAUCAUGGUGGUGAUGACACUGAACAGAGGAAGGUAUUGGGAAAUGGUUGGCAAAUGGGAGAACAGUCUGAUAAGAAUGAAAUAUCCCGUGUGGCCAAGGUACGGGACCUCUCUACAGCCCGUGUCUGACAGCCACCACUUGACUGUGGCCACGCUGGAGGAAAGGCCCUUUGUGAUCGUGGAGGCGGUGGAGCCCAUGACCGGUGGCUGUGUGAGGAACACGGUGCCCUGUAGGAAGCAAGCCAACCACAGUGAAAGCGCAACGAGUAUCGUUGACCCAUACACCAAGCUGUGCUGUAAAGGGUUUUGCAUCGACAUCCUGAAAAAACUGUCCAAAACUGUGAAGUUCUCCUACGACCUUUACCUCGUGACAAAUGGAAAACACGGAAAGAAGGUUCGAGGAAUCUGGAAUGGAAUGAUCGGUGAGGUCUUCUAUAAGCGAGCUGACAUGGCCAUUGGAUCUCUCACAAUAAACGAAGAACGCUCCGAGAUUGUGGAUUUCUCCGUACCGUUUGUAGAAACCGGGAUCAGCGUGAUGGUCGCCAGGAGCAAUGGGACUGUCUCACCAUCAGCUUUUCUAGAGCCGUACAGCCCUGCAGUGUGGGUGAUGAUGUUCGUCAUGUGUUUGACUGUUGUGGCUAUCACAGUCUUCAUCUUCGAGUACUUCAGUCCUGUUGGCUAUAACAGAAACCUGAACGAUGGUAAAAAUCCAGGAGGUCCAACGUUCACGAUAGGAAAAUCUGUGUGGCUUCUCUGGGCUUUGGUGUUCAACAACUCUGUCCCAAUUGAAAAUCCCAAAGGAACGACAAGUAAAAUCAUGGUGCUGAUCUGGGCCUUCUUCGCUGUGAUCUUUCUUGCCAGCUAUACAGCAAACCUGGCAGCUUUCAUGAUCCAGGAGCAGUUCAUUGAUACUGUCUCGGGUCUCAGUGACAACAAGUUUCAGAAGCCGCAGGAGCAUUACCCACCGUUCCGUUUCGGCACGGUGCCCAACGGAAGCACUGAGAGGAACAUCAAAAACAACUACCCGGACAUGCACUCGCACAUGACCAAGUACAACCAGCGCUCCGUGGAAGAUGCACUAAACAGCCUUAAAUCAGGGAAGCUGGAUGCCUUUAUUUAUGAUGCAGCUGUGCUGAACUACAUGGCCGGGAAGGAUGAAGGGUGUAAACUGGUGACAAUUGGUAGUGGGAAGGUGUUUGCAACCACCGGUUAUGGAAUAGCAAUGCAGAAGGAGUCUAAAUGGAAGAGACCCAUAGAUCUGGGUCUGCUGCAGUUCCUUGGUGAUGGAGAGACUCAGAAGCUUCAGACGGUCUGGCUGACUGGAAUCUGUGAGAAUGAGAAGAACGAAGUGAUGAGCAGCAAAUUGGACAUCGAUAACAUGGCCGGAGUGUUCUACAUGCUUCUGGUCGCGAUGGGACUUAGCCUUCUAGUUUUUGCCUGGGAGCAUCUUUUCUACUGGAAGCUGAGAUACCACAUGAGGAAAUCAAAGAAAAUGGAUUUUCUUCUUGCAAUUAGCAGGGGGAUCUACAGCUGUUUCAAUGGCGUGCAGGAAGCCGAGAGUCCUAUGCAUAUCGUGCCUCCCGCGAUGCCCACAGCCUACGCUCACGCCAACAUGUUGAAGAUGCUGCAGACGGCGAAGGACAUGGUUUCUUCAGCCAAUGUGGAACAUUCUUUGGAAAACGCCACAAAGGCCAUUGAAAACUGGACGCACGCGGGAGACAGCGUACGAGGCAGUUUUCCCGAUCGAACUUCGCAGCCCAUGGAAGACGCCUGCGGCAUUGCGAGCAAGCAUCACUUUGUGCCAUGCAUCUCCAACAGCAAUCACAUCCAUUGCAUUCCCCGCACAAUAAACACAGCGCCGACUCUUCUUCAGAACAGGGGACCUGGACGGCAGUUUAUGGAGCCACAGAGGAUAACGGCAGAUCACCCAAUAAUUACAUACAAGAGCCACUCCCCAGGUAAAUGCCAGGACCCCAAAUGUCCUGCAGGGUCUACUGUGAUCCACAAUCCCCACCCAUGCACCCCGACUAACAUCACCUACUCGCGUGCACAGCACGACAGAAAGAUUUAUGGGGAAAACGAUUUCAAGAGCCCCAGUACUCCGUUUGCUAGCUCAGAAGAAUCGUGCUACCACGACAUUUAUAACAGGAAGUACUUCCCAAGAAGGCUCCACUCGCCUUGUUUAGCCAGGAGCAGGAAACUAUCCCAUUAUUCUCUCGGCGAUUGCACCAACUUGCGUGGAGCGGACACCAUGAACGCAGUCAAGUCCUGCGUUGGAUUGAACGAGAAGCGAUAUUUGGGAAAUCACUCCUCGUCGAUGUCUCACAUCAACCGACUGCAGAACAUGGACGCAAACUGCAACUCCUGCCUCAGGUUCCACACCGAGUCAGAGCCCGAAGAGAUCCCACUGCUAGGCAGGGACAGGCUCGGCCGACGCUCCUCUUACGUCAAAGCCACAAGGGAGCAGAGAGGAAAACCGAGGCUACAAGAUGUUUGUGGAAGCAUCGAAAAGCUGAAGGUCCAGGGGGAGAUCCCAGACUUAUUCCCUAGAACAAGAACUGCUCCCAGAACCAACCCUGAGAUCUUAGACCCCAUCGCAAACAACAUCAGCCAACCCUCAGACACAGCACAAGACAACUAUGUACAGGACCACAUUCAUUUGGAUGCAGAUUGCAGACACGCAGGCCCACAACAUAGACUCAAGCACUCUCAGUCUGCAAAGCUGCCCUCGUACAGCGAGGCCUGUCUCCAAAGCUCAGCCGCACUGCGUCGCUCCUCCACUGUAGUGCACAGACACUACUCCUGGCUCAACCCAUACACCAACCCACCCGUCUACAUUUGGCAGCGCAAUGUGGAGUCUCAGCAGCUGAACAAACAUUCCAGUGAAAUGUUCAGCUGUCUGGCGAGGCCCGGCCAUCUCGCUUGCGAGCAAGGCCUCAUGAUGAAGUACUUGGAAAAAAGGACUACAUAUGAGGACAGUGAUUUCAGGGAGCCUCAACCAGGCAGGAAUAGGAUGGUCUGCCAUCAGAUAAGGACCCGAGGAAAACGCCAGCUUGUAUCUUCAAGAACAAUAGAUAAUUCUUCUUAUCUGAGGAAACCUUGUGCAAGGGUUUCCAGCCUGGAAUCUGAGGUAUAG